AUGUUUUCUCAUAUUCAACAUGCGCAGGACGCACACAACCCACAGCCAUUCCUUCACCCACACGACCCAAAUGUCGAAAAAGAAUACGAAACGCUCAUUCAAGCAUGGAAGAAUCAACUGAUAGAAAAAACACCCGCCUCACCUAGUUAUGAAUACAUUCGAUUUGCCUGGAUGAGACUCAUGGACCACUAUCUCGAUCAACAGUGGCUCGACUCAAAGCAAAUGCUGCAAUGUGCCCAAGCAUGGAGUGCCCGUGAUUCAAUCGGCAUUACUGAAGCCGUUCAUACAAUGAAUAUCCUCAGCCUCAAGUCCAUGCAAAGAUCAUUGGAUGCACGUCAAGAGCUGCUCCAGGCAUUGGGAGACCCUGAUUUCAUGGCAGGAUUUGGUGUUACUCCAAUUGAUACCACAUUGGACCCUCUGGCUGGCAUAGAGGCACAAGACGAGGACGAUGAUGAUGAAGAAGACCGUCAAGUGCACGCUCCUUUACUUGUCACGCAUAACAACACACCCAUCGAAGAAUCCUCUAAUACCUUUCCUGGGGAGGAAGAUGAAGCCAUUAUGACAGAUGACAUCAAGCCAGAACAGACAGACAGCGAAGAGGGCUUGAGUGAACCGGACCAACAGGCAUGUAAGCAACAAGGCUUUCGGUUGACUUCAUCUACCUCUACGCCCAACAUUUCCAUCAGAUCAAGUCAAGACGACUUUUCGUUCAACAAAAGCGGGUUCAACCGAAAAUACGAGAGCUACUACCAGCAAUUGGACCAAGCAUCUUGUUGGAGAGAGAUGGAAAUGAAACAUGAGGAGGUCAGUGUCAUGUCGGACGAUCAAAGCAUCUACAGCGAUCAUAGUGAUAUCAAUGAGCAUGUUAAUGGAAACGGCUUUCAAUGGAAGAGCUGGUUUGUGGAUGAACAGUCUGACCACCAGCAGCAACAACAGCCAUUGCUAGCACCUGACGAACCCAUUAUAUUUGAGCAAGAGUUUGCUGAUGAAAAGGUGGAGACGGACGCAUGUUUAGCAGAGUUAUACAACCCACAGCCCAAAAAAAACCAACCGUUUCUUAUGGUCAGAAGUGAAUCAAGUAUCUCAGCAUUCAGACCCAUCAGCAACAAUCUAGCGCCUCGAUGCCAGCAAUUGAUGAAAAGAUCCUCGUCAUCCAUUACCAUUGAAAAGGCAGAACCACAGCAUCAGCCACUGCAACUGCCUGCUGCUGCUACCAUUACAAAGAGCAGAUCCUUUCCCACGAAAGCGUCCUUGUCUGCCUCUUUCAAAGCCGUUCCUUCAUCGUCAUCUGCCUCCUCCCCGCCUUCAAUGCCGACAAAUUCCACCUCCAUCAAAGAACGUAAUUUCAUGAUUCGUUCCAUUGUAGGCAAAAAAGUAUCUUUGUCCAAGCUGUUUGGCAGCAGGAAAUCCUCGUCCUCGUCCUCUACCUCCUCUCAUCAUUAA